UUAGAAUUUUUAGAAAAUGAAUAAUAAUAAACCGUUCAAUCCAUAUAUCAGCGUUAAUGAGGAGGAAGAAAUAGUUAUCUCUGGUAUCGCUGGACGAUUUCCUAAUUCGGAUAAUAUAAAAGAAUUUCAAGAUAAUCUUUUUAAUAUGAAUCUCGGUUCGAAGGAUCAUCAACGCUGGACCAAUUAUAUUUUUUAAAUGCCUCCUUGAAUAGGAAAAAUAAACAAUUUAGAAAAAUUUGAUGCAGAAUUUUUUAAUAUGUCGAUCGAAGAAGCUCAUACGCUUGAUCCUGGAAUUAGAAUAUUGUUCGAAAGCACCUAUGCAGCAAUUAUUGACGCAGGUAUCAAUCCCGCAGAAUUGCAGGGAACAAGGGCAAUUGUCACAGCAAUGUCAGUUUGUGAUACAUAUCUCGAUGUAGUAUACGAAAAGCUUCAUGUUGCUGGAUUGCCCAUUCUUGGUUGUAAUAAAAAUAUGUUGGCAAAUAGAAUUUCUAACUGGCUCAACGUCACUGGACCAUCAUAUAACAUCGAUACUGCAUGUAGCUUGACCCAUUUCGCUAUGGUGGAAGCUUAUAAUUUGAUUCGAUCUGGAAUUUGCGACGCGGCUAUUGUCGCUAGUAUCAAUUUGUGUAUUCAUUCUUUUGUAACUUAUCAAUUUUAUCGUCUGGGUAUGUGUUAAGGAAAUAGUAGCGAACUCAGAGGUACAUAUAUCUAUCAGAGGAUUAUAAUAACUAUAUAUUAAGAAGGCUAAGAAAAACAAGUAAGUUAACUAAUAAUGAACACAGUAAAAGCAAACGAUACAAGAGAGUAAAAGCUACGAAAAGUAUAUAUACAAGCGACAAUGCGGGACACAGCGGAAACAAAGAUUAGUUAGACAAAAUACAGAUGUCGUUAAUAAUAAAAGUACAACGUCAUUGAACACGCUUUUUCUAAAGCCUUGUUUACAUUGGACGUAGGACGUAGACGUAGACGUAGACGUAAGAAUUGGAAAGAUAGGAAUAGCAUGUUACCGUCCAUAUUGAAACUUAAGCGCAGACGUAGCCGUAGACGUAGGCGUAGAAUUUUAAAAUUUUUAAUAUUUUUCUACGUCCAGCCAAUCACAAGAGGGAUGCCCGGUGUAUACCAUUUGCGCGGACACUUACCGGUUAACCUCUAAACUGUACCACGAUUGAUAUAUUCACUUUUAUAAAAUGUAUGAAAUUGAAAAAUUAGAAUUAUUAAGAUUUUCUUUAAUUUUCACUGCAGUGGGUAUGAUUUUAAGAUCUUUGCAAAAAAAAAAAGUUCAUAACAAGCGACGAUGGUGGGUUCGUCCGCUGUUGAGAAAUCGGGUAAAACGGAGCCAAUAUUAUAUAUUGUUCCAAUAUAUAAAAGAAAAAGAUGAUGAACAAUUUUUUAAGUACACUCGAAUGACAGUCAACCAAUUUGAAAAGUUGCUGGAUAUUGUUAAACAUAGAUUAAUAAAAAUCAGUCCAAGAAAGCCAUUAAGUCCGGAGUUUCGGCUGGUUAUGACAUUGUAUUAUCUUGCCCAUGGACCGAGCAUGCAGGUAGUUGCAUGGAGCUUCUGUGUUUCCAAGUCCACAGUCAGCAACGUAAUACGAGAGACUUGUGCAGUUAUCUGGGAUGAAUUAUCCCCAAUUUACUUAAAACCACCAACUACUGAAGAAUGGGAAAUUAAAGCAACGGAGUUCUGGUAUCGCUGGAAUUUACCUAAUUGUUUUGGUGCGAUGGACGGGAAGCAUAUAACGAUUCAAGCUCCAAAAAAAUCGGGUUCGCAGUAUUUUAACUAUAAAAAAACGUUUAGUAUAGUUCUAAUGGCAGUUUGCGAUGCUUUUUAUUUGUUUACACUUGUUGAUGUCGGUGCUUUCGGAUCUCAAAGCGACGGUGGCAUUUUUAAAGAAUCGGCAUUUGGGAAAGCUAUGGAUAAUAAUGAAUUAGGCCUUCCAGGUUCUACCAAUUUACGUGGAACUAAUAUCGCGUUUCCGUAUUUUGUGGCUACAGACGAAGCCUUUCCACUUAAGCACUAUAUAAUGCGGCCUUAUCCCGGAACAAAUUUAUCAGAAAAACAACAAAUUUUUAAUUACCGCCUAUCACGUGCUCGACGCGUUAUUGAAAAUACCUUUGGCAUUUUAGCCAGUCGGUGGCGAAUUCUACAUACUAACAUAAUUGCCAGUGUUAGUACAAUUGAAAGAAUUGUAUGCGCUACAUUAUGUUUACAUAACUUCGUUAAAAUAGAAGAAUUGUCAAGUAAGCAGCGUUAUUAUUGUCCAGAUAAUUAUGUAGAUCGUUAUGAUGAUUCAGGAUGUGUCAUUCUUGGUGACUGGCGAGUAAACUGUCCUCAGAUUGAUGAAUUAGGUCGCACAGGGACAAAUCGUUCUACACGAGCGGAUAUUGAUUUACGAAAUACCCUUGCUGAUUAUCUUGUGUCGCCAGAAGGAAAAGUAGAUUGGCAGUAUAAUUAUGUAAAACGAGGAAGUUUUUAAAAUGUAUAAAUAUAUUUUCAG